CGUUGCCUGGGGCCCCCGGGGACCCUUGCUACGCCUCUGGUCAAACCGCAAGCGUAGUGACCGCAUACCCAAGAUUCAUCAGUGCAGAAAGAUAGCUGAUACCGAAAUUUGGACGUGCAUAGCCGUCAAUAGCAGAACCUUACUUGGGUGUCAGUUGAAUGUCGAUAAGCUGUAAUGUCAAGUGCAUCGUCAAAAAACACAGCCACACAUGUUUUUCUGCCAUUUAAAAUGAAAAUACAAUUUGGACGUGCAUAGCCGUCAAUGGCAGAGACUUACUUGGGGUGCCAGUUCAAUGUCGAUAAGCUCUAAUUUAAAGUGUAGGGUCAAAAAACACAGCCACACGUUUUUCUGCCAUUUAAAAUGAAAAUACAAUUUGGACGUGCAUAGCCGUCAAUGGCAUGGACUUACUUGGGGUGCCACUUGAAUGUCGAUAAGCUCUAAUUUAAAGUGUAGGGUCAAAAAACACAGCCACACGUUUUUCUGCCAUUUAAAAUGAAAAUACAAUUUGGACGUGCAUAGCCGUCAAUGGCAUGGACUUACUUGGGGUGCCAGUUCAAUGUCGAUAAGCUCUAAUUUAAAGUGUAGGGUCAAAAAACACAGCCACACAUGUUUUUCUGCCAUUUAAAAUGAAUAUACAAUUGGACGUGCAUAGCCGUCAAUGGCAUUGACUUGUAUGGCCUGCAGAACAGCCAUAUACCUCCAAAAAUGCCAUAUACCCCCCCACAAACCAAAAUGCAUUUUGCCACAUACCCCAGAUAAAUGUUACAUGGCAAAAUCCAUUUUGCCACAUGGCAAAAAAAAUUGCCACAUGGCAAAAACAUUUUGCCACAUGGCAAAAACCACUUUUGGUUUUCGGCCCUGCUGGGAUUUUAGACAAAACUAAAAAAAUAAACUGGCACAGGGUGCUUUGACAGUGUGCAAGGAGUCAUAAAAUAUGGAGACAAAAUCUCAAAAUAUAUGACAAAAAUAUCAAAAUGUUUUAUUGACCACAAACAUGCCUCAAAUAGCACCAAGAAAUGGUUGGAGACCAGUGCCAUGUGCCAGAAAAAAGAAUGAGGGCGACAAAGAAAAGAACACAGUGCCUAUAGUCAAACAUAAUGCAGAUCCAAUGAUGUUUUGGGGUAGUUUUGCUGCCUCUGGCACUGGGUGCCUUGACAGUGUGCAGGGAGUCAUGAAAUAUGGAGACUAUUAAAAAUGUUUUGGACUGCAAUGUAGGAUGUAGAAUCAGAAAACUGGGUCUGCUUCAGAGUUCAUGGGUGAUCCAACAGUAUAAUGACCCAAAACAUUCCUCGAAUAGCACCAAGAAAUGGUUGGAGACAAAGCGCUGGAGAAUUCUGAGGUGUCCAUAGAUGUGUCCAGAUCUAAUUCCCAUUGAACACCUAUGGAGAGAUCUCAAAAUUGCUGUUGCAAGAGGGCGCCCUUCAAAUCUGAGAGACCUGGAACAGUUCACAAAAGGUUAUAGGAAGUGAUUGGUUUCUGUUAUUUCCUCUAAAGGAUGUGCAACCAAAUAUUGAGUUGAGGUGCCAACAAUUGUCCAGCCCAUUUUUUGCAUUCUGUGUAAAACUGCAUACAUUUUGGCUUUUCUCUUCAGCUUUUUUUGUUUUUCCAAUGCAAAUCCAAAAAAUAAACAUUCAUACUGAAAACAUUUGUAAUUGCAUUAAUGUCUGGGAGAAACUGCUUAUAAUUUGCCAAUAAGUGUGUCCAUCACUGUAUGUAUUCUUUAAAGUAAUUGCAUUUAUUUUUAAAUGAAUUGUUUUUGUGAUUUUGGUUUUCGCUAAACUGUUAGAUGAGAACUGGGUGAAAUAAAGAGGAUCAUAGUUUUUUCUUCGUACUUUCACUGGGAAUUUUUGGAACAGCUGUAAGAACAGGUGGGCAGUGUCACUAUAACACCUCGGAGUGGCCAUCGUUUUAUGUUGGAUUGUUUAUUUUCUCACGUCUACUUCAAAACAGCAUUAGCUCUUAGCAUCAAUUUAAAGAUCGUAUGAGCAGGGAACCUAAUUAUUGUUAUGUUUAAUUGUAAUUUAAUUUGUUAUCAUAUCUGUACUUGCUUGUGCUUCUUAACUGUCAAACCUUGAUUAAUGUGAUGAUGCAGCAAAGGGUUUGCAUUUUUGUGCUUUCCUUUAUUUAAACAUGCUCGACGUUGUUUGAAUUUAGAACUCGUAACCUCGGAGGUUUGUUGUCCUCCUGUAAGGACAUCCUCCGACCCCAAAAUAUCUCUGCAAUGCAAUGCAGGACAGCGACGUGCCUUCGCAUGUGUGUUAAGAAUAGAUCCACAAUGGGGCUUGCUAUGUCUUCUGUUGUCUCAGGACAGCCAGUUGUCUGCAGAGGACUCUGGGAGAAGGAGUUCAGGUCAGGAGAAUUUUCACUGACACGUUGGAUUUCAGCAAAUGAAUGCACAUCUCCUGUUCGUUCUGUCCAAGGAGAGGAUAUAUUGAGUUUGUUGCAGGUCUAAGAAAAAAUGUGACAAAUGCAGAGACCCAGAACUUGGGGAGGCUGGAAGGUUUUGGAUGACUGAGCAGACCGACCAUGGCAAGAUCCAGUCCAUCAGAAAUCAUCUUUAUAUCUGUCAAUCACAGUAUUACCUUGAUAGGAAAAGUGUGGCUCGUCGUGAUGAUCUUCCUACGCCUCCUCCUCCUCCUCCUUGCCGGUUACCCUCUCUACCAGGAUGAACAGGAAAGAUUUGUCUGCAACACCAUUCAACCAGGCUGUGCAAACGUGUGCUAUGAUAUAUUUUCCCCUGUAUCCCUUUUCCGCUUCUGGCUGGUGCAACUCAUCACCCUAAGUCUACCCUACAUCAUCUUUACAAUCUAUGUGAUCCAUAAGGUGUCAAAUGGCCUCACUGUAACCAUGACCUCCUUGAAUCCAGGUGAAAGUGAACGGUUGUACAAGAUCCAGCAAGAGCUGUACGACAAUGCCUCUGGAAAACAGAUUCCAAAAGUAGAGCGAGGGUCAAUCCAAUGCUUCAACGGUGCAUACAUACUUCAGUUGAUGUUCCGGACAUUGCUGGAGGUAGGAUUUGCGGCAGCUCACUAUUAUAUGUUUGGCUUCUACAUCCCGAGGAGGUUUCUUUGCCAACAUCAUCCAUGUACCACCCAAGUGGACUGCUACAUCUCUAGACCUACUGAGAAGACUGUAAUGCUGAACUUUAUGCUUGGCGCGGCAGCUUUAUCCCUUUUCCUAAAUGCUCUGGACUUCAUUUGUGCUAUUAAGCGCUCUGUAAGGCAGAAGAGUAAGGUGAGAGAAAGCAUUUAUGAGGACGAGCAUGGUUUCCUGGAGGACCCUGAUCGUAAUUCUUCCUUCAGUCGUCGAAUUCUGGAAACGGAGGCUAGUCAAAAAGGGAGUUUCCGGAAGAGGCAAGGCAGCAGGGGGUCUUGCAAAGUGGUGGCGCAGGGAAUUAGUCAGGAUGCGACUGAGCCUCACCCUUUGCUACCUCUGGGGCGCAACACCAAUGGAAAUAACGGUUACUCUGCGUCUCUAGAAGAGGCUCUUGAGAAGGAAGGCGAUGAGCUGGUUCUCUGUCCCGGAGGGACCCCCAAAGCCAUAUGUGUUAAUAAACGCAGGCACAAACCUUCUCCACCCCCGAGGCGGGACCUUGGGCUUCACCCUGGGAUUUCGGCAAGACCUAAGAAAGAUGAGCCCACAGCAACAGGAGACUGUUUUAGGAGAAUUGAUCAGUACACUUUGGUGGCACUCGGGAGUGGUGCAGAACUAUCAAAUGAUGAAGGUCAGGAGAAAAGAUCUGAGUGGGUGUGACUUGUUUAUUUGAGGGGUUGUUAUGAAAGAUGAGACUAAGGUAAAUGAAACAUGAGAGCAACUCAAGAUCCAGCUUUACAUAGUGGCAACAACUUUCAGAUCCCUCACUAUUCUACCUCAUUGUACGUCACUUGAAUACGCUUAACACAUUGACAACAGAUCGUGUUGCCUUCUGUUUGGCACACGUGUUUUAUAGUCUUUGAUGUGAAACAAUAUCUUUCGUUAAGAAUAACUCCCUCGAGUCGUGGAUAGGAAGCGGUGUAAGCCUCGUUGGGUGGGGCACACUUCGACCUUAAGCUAAUCUAAGAGCGUAGCUCACCUGUUUCCAUCACUCCAUGCCACAAUGCCUGUCAAGGAGGCCAUGACCUGCCUUACAUUUCCUUACCCUGCGAUUCCACCUUUGGGUGCCUCUUGUACUUGAAGUAAAAGUCCGAAGCCUUUUUGCCUGUUUUUUUGUUUUAGUUUUUCAAAAUCCAAUUAUUGUGGUACCUUUAUUUAUGAAUACUACUGCAACUUUUGAGUAACUAGCUAAUGUUGUUUAUUUUGUGUGUGUGUGUGAGUGUGUGUUAAGCCUAAAUUUUAAAGUGAACCACAACUGAAGUCAAAUUUGUCUCGGGACCACAAUGUUACGCUAAUGUUACCAUAUUCAGGUAAGUAUAGUCUAUCAUAAGGUGAAGGACAUCGUGACAGCCAACUGAGGCUCAUAAAGUAACUAUGUCACCCCUAUAAGUUUCUGUAUUUAUGGAGACAGCUUGUCACUCUAUUUCAGGGCCAAGCAAGGUUUAGAGGAGCAGCAUUUCUAGGAAUAGAGCUCAGCAAAAGGACCACUGUUGCCCUCUGGGAUGUCUGCUUUGGUUUCAGUUUGAUCAAAGCAGAGAUUUUGCGGGUCAUCAAACCCCCACAGUCCCACACAGAAUGCUAACAGUUAACUCAGCUUAAGUACGCACAAUGUUUGACAGCCUCAUCUCCUUAAUGCUGAUUUGGGUGGAGGCGCCCAUAGUAAAUCAGUUGCUUGCAUGCGUUUCAUUCAGCCUUGAGAGUCGUCUUUGUGUAAACUGAUAUCUCCUGGUCUUUGUACCCUUGCGGUCUCUUUUGAAGGUGAUAACACAAAGCUUCAGGCUUCCUCGUUCUCACCCAUCUACUCGAUGCGCCCUUUGACUCUCAUGGGAUGAGAGUGACCAUGGGGUGUUUCAUUUAAAAGCUCACAUACUGUACACUAAUCAUAAACAAAAAAUAGGCGUAUCAGGCUCUAGGGAUGAAACUGAAACAUAACCUUAAUAGGUGGACAUAAUUUUCCUAAACAUAUUAACACAGGGGUGGGCAAACCUUUCCACAAAGGGCCGCAGUGGGUGCGGGGUUUUGUUGCAACCCAUCAAGAGGACAACUUUUCAACAAUCUGGUGUCAUACAAGUGCAAUCAGUUGAUUGCAUUCAGGUGCUUUUUGUUUCCCUGGUCCUCUCAUUGGUAAAACUGCCUGUGAUGGAUCGGUUGGAACAAAGGCCAGGACCCACUGCCGCCCUUGAAGACCGGUUUGCUCACCUAUGCAUAAAUAGCAAAGCUUAUCCUGUAAUUGUUCCCAAAAGCUGAAUAGCGUUUUGUAAUAGGCAAAGUGUGUAAAUUCACGUGCAAGAUGUUCUUGAUUUACAACCGUACCGACCAAAGGCGGAGAUUGAGGGAGGGCAGGGGGCAGUGCCCCCGGUGGCCGAAAAAUGUUAUUGCAGGUAUUUGACUUCAAAGGGGAAGUUCAGAAUUUUUGACAUACGGCUUAAUCUUCGAGUUAGCGGUGGCUUAAUUAGUAGGUAGAGUUGAUUUCAACAAAUUCCGUGCAGUUUGUUAGUUAUUUGUUAGUUUCAGGGUUCCGGAGUGGCUAAGCUAACGCGACUGAAUGGUGCCUGCUGAUCAUACCAAUAAAAACAACAUGUGCACGCAUGAGAAUCACCGAUGACCCAUGCAAUCAAUAGUGUUGGCCAUGUUUUCAAGAGAAAUGUAUUGAGACCUACCAUUGCAUGUCAAUAAUUGUAGUAUGAACAGCAACAUUUGUAAUCCGGCAGCUCUGCAGGGAACAGGCUGUCUAGGCAAGCAGGGCGAAGUGAACACAUCAAUUUUUUUUUUUUGUGAUUGUUUUUGUGGGAACGAAAGGGACUCUUCUCAGAGUGAGCUGAAACCUAAAUCUAAGCUUUCCAAAGCUUCAACAACAGCUGAGCUUGAACUGAGGAUUGAACACAAACCGUGUCAUAAUGUGAGUGUAAAUGUAUAUAUAUAUAUUAGGGCUGUCAAACGAUUAAAAUUUUUAAUAGAGUUAAUCACAGCUUAAAAAUUAAUUGUAAUUAAUCGCAAUUCAAACCAUUUCUAAAAUAUGCCAUAUUUUUCUGUAAAUUAUUGUUGGAAUGGAAAGAUAAGACAAGACGGAUAUAUACAUACAACAUACUGUACAUAAGUGCUGUAUUUGUUUAUUAUAACAAUAAAUCCACAAAUGGCAUUAUUAACAUUCUUUCUGUUUAAGUGAUCCACGGAUAGUAAGACUUGUAGUUCAUAAAACAUAAAUGUUAUAGUUACAAGUUAUAGUAAUUUUAUAUUAAAACCCUUCUUCAUAUUUUCGUUUUAAUAAAAUUUGUACAAUUUUCAAUCAAAAGUAGAGUUAAUAUAAUAAUAAUAAGAAUAAAAAUAACAAUAAUAAGAAUUGAAUGACCAAACUCUGAGUAAUGCCAGUUCACUUUGCAUUGUUGUUUAGCUGUGUGAGAAUAGGGCCUCAUUACUACAGACUGAAGUGCUUUUCUUUUUGUGAACAUUAUUUUUUUUUUUUGAGGGAUAGCAAUAUUAUUUUUGUUGUGCUUUCACUAAAUGAUACUUCUGUUUGUUGUGAAGGAGUUGCAGAAGCUUAUGCCAAUUAUGCCAAUAAACGGCGCAGCCCAAAGAACGCCUGUGUCCAUUCGCCUUUAUAACAGAUAUAUCUCUGUACAUAUCUUACCCAAAAUACAACAAGAGACACAUAAUUGCCACUAAAAGAAAGCAAACUUACCGAAAUAUGUGUGGAGCACAAAGCAACAGCAUAAACGUCUUACAACUACUAAUUCUCCCACUAUUAGAAGGAAUAACAUUAGUAUGGAACGGCACUGCGCUGCCCCCAAGCGGCCGGUGGCAUUCUCUUCACUCUUAAUAUCCAUAAACGGCAUCACUGAAGUCUGUUUGAGGCAAUUAGAGAGCGGCUCAUUCAGUGCAUGCGUUAAUGCGUCAAAUAUUUUAACGUGAUUAAUUUAAAAAAAAAAAAAUUAACGCCCGUUAACGCGAUAAUUUUGACAGCCCUAAUUAAAACCUCUCUUAAUGUUUUCGUUUUAAUAACAUUUGUAAAAUUAUAAAUCAAAAAAUAAACUAAUAGCUCGCCAUUGUUGAUGUUGCCAAGCGGGACAUCACAUGGCCUCCCUGCCGUUCUUCCACAGUGUCUUUAACUACCUAAGGUAGUGAUUAAAAUACAGUACAAGGUGUCAGUGGUGAGUUUUAAGUUAGAGAUCUAGCCAAGGCCAAGUCUGAGUAAGUUUUAUGUAUAUUUAGCAUAGCUAUUUUGAUUGGUAAUGGCAGUUCUCUUGGCAUUGAGCACUUUUCUUUUUGUGAACAUUAUUUUUUUGAGAGACAGGAAUAUUAUUUGUGUUGUGCUUUCACUAAAUGAUACUGUAGCGACUUAACUGUUCCGCCUAAAUGCAUGAUGGGAAGUUGGGCAACCAUGACUGUCAGUGGUGGCUGCAAAUGGUAUAGUCUGACCUCUAUUGUGUUUAAUUAAGUGUGUUAAGAAAAAGAACAUCUCCUGUCAUUCUUCCCCACGUCGUUCGCCGCAAUACUUAUAUUUGUUGUGAAAGGGUUGCCAAAACAUAAGCCAAUAAAAGGCCUGGUCCAAUGAACGCCUGUGUCCACUCGCAUUGUGCUAAAACGGCGUAUUUGUAAACUGUUUGAGGCAACGCAUGAACGGGUCAUUCCGUGCAUGCGUUAAUUAUGCAAAUAUUUUAACGUGAUUAAUUAAAAAAAUUAAUUACCGCCAGUUAACGCGAUAAAUUUGACAGCACUAAUAUAUAUAGAUAUACUGUAUAUAUAAUAUAUGUACAAUUGUAAGUUAAAUUUAUUGCUGACACUGUAUUUUGAGGUCAUCAACAUGUUUUGCCCCCCCUCCCACAAAAGUCAAACUCCACCUAUGGUACUGAACUAUGACGAUUCAAGGUUAUGAACUUUGCGCAAUUACCAUUGGUUUUCACUCCGCGCCAAAACCGCCAUACUCCUUGGGUUUUACCCCUUUAUUUUUUUUUUGCUUAAAAGUGUUUCAUAAAAGUAUUUAGUAAAUACUUUUUCAGUGAGUACUAGUGACUGUCAUUAGGACUUCACUGUUUCUUUUGCAAAUGAUGUUGGUACAUUCCAUCUUGUGUACAUGUAACAUUGCCGUUACGUUGCCGUCGCACAAAAGAUUUCCACUAUCAACUGAAGAGCCCCUGCAGUGUUAAUUAGAAAUCAAAUGAUGGUUUUGACUGACUUCAUAUCAAUGUAGUAAAGUUAUUUGUAGACCUUGUUUUGUUUUUUUUUUUUAAUUAAAGAACAGUUUUCAAACAAUACAAUCAAAAGGGUUUUGGAGAGGCUUUUCUUGUGCAUUAAACAAAUUGCCAUGUCCUUAGUAUUUAGUAGGAUUUUGGAUAUAAUACUAAAUUGACAGUUGAAGGAGCUUUAUCUCAAAUAUAUUGAUGACAGUUAUGGCUUUAUGACCUUUUUCAAACUACAAACUAAAAUUUUAGAUACAACAGGAUUUUGGUCAAUUAUAAAACCUCACUAAUUUGCUUUCUCACUUGUGCAGCAAUGUGGAUAAACCGACAUGGAGCACCAUCAUAAGAAAAAAAAAAAAAACUCACUUUGUCAUUAUUGUCAUUAUUUUGUCGCUGCAUCCAAAUAUAGGGGAGGAAUAAAAUUGCCAGUCUUCAAAAACUCUUCCUCGGCACAAUAUCUUGCUAAAUUAUUUUGAGUACAUGACACUCAUUGGAUUGUUAUGUUCCUUCAGUGUUACACCUAAUGACUUCAGUCUGAUGCGCAUAAAUAUAACAUUGUAUCUACAAAAUGGCAUUUCAAAAGAUGUACCUUGGUUGCACUUUAUUUUUUGGGCAUAUUUUGAAACAUUUUGGAUUAUGAUGUUAAGCAUUGUGCUCUCCUCUAACAACACAAAAUGUGAACUGCAUCCCCAUACAGCAUAUGACACUUGAAAUAGCUGCUUUUUGUAAUUUUAACUUUUUCACUGUUUCAUCAUGACAGCCAUGUUACUUUCUUGUAAUAAAUCUCAACAAAUCUGAACCUGACACUGCUACGUUUUCUUUUGUUUUUAAA